AUGUCAAAACCACGCGUCACGCCCAAUCCAGUGGAAUAUACGUAUCGUGCGCCCGAGAGUGCCAGAUCCGGGUCAACAGCGCACUCGAUCCCGCACCCAGAGCCGAUUUCGUCUGCGACAUACCACAUCGCCGGCAUCCUCGCGACGGUAUAUGGCCUGGGUGAACUAGACCCGGCCGUGACGGAUGUCGCGGUACUGUGGCUCCUGCACCCCCGGCUGCAGACGCAAGCGUGCAUGGCGCCGUUCGCGGCACACAUCAUAACGAACUACAACGCCACUAAAGCUAGCAGCAGCUCGAGGCGGAAACAGAAGGGCCUGAUCGCCGUCGCGUUCGACCAGCGGAACCACGGCAGCCGGCUGGUGCGGGCCAUCGCGAACGAGGCGUGGCGCGGCGGCAACGAGACGCACGCGCAGGACAUGUUUGGCUGUUUCGCGGGUACGGCCGUCGACACGAGCAUGCUGCUUGACUACCUCCCUGCUUAUCUCUUCCCGGACAACAGCAGGCAGAUUGUCCAGAACAUUGUGCUCGGGAUAUCCCUUGGCGGACACGCGGCGUGGCACGUCGUCAUGCACGAUCCGCGCUUCUCUGCGGCCGUGGUGACUAUAGGCUGUCCCGACUACGUCCGUGUCAUGUCGGAUCGCGCGAGGCUGAGCAAGCGGGAGGCAUGGCUGGAUUCGGACGGCCGCGAGUUCCUGGGGAGCAGGGAUUUCCCGAGUGCGCUUGUCGACAAGGUGCGACGCGUCGACCCCGUGGGACUACUGUGGCAUGGUAGUGGCUUGGGCAGGAGAAGUGGACAGGAGCAGCUUUACGACGGAGGGGAGUUGAGCCCCGAGGAGAAGGAGACGGUCAUACCGAUCAUGGCGCGGUGUUUGGGAAACAAGAGGAUCUUGAACUUGAGUGGCGGGAGUGACAAGUUGGUUAGCUAUCAGCAUUCCAAGCCGUUCCUGGACUGGUUGAAGAAGAGCAUCGAGAAGGGCGGCUGGUUUGAGGGCUCGGGUCUCUACCUGGAAGACAUUGUCUAUCCUGGCGUGGGGCACGAGGUUCCACCGGACAUGGUUAGUGAUAUGAUCACGUUUAUCAACGAGACGCUGGAGGAGGGAGUGGAAGGGGCAAGGUUGGGGAGUAAGAUAUGA